GAGAAGCUAAAACAUCAAUUGAUAGUUAUCAUAUGCAAAUAUCAUAUAUUAUUAAAAGAUAUGUUCAUUUAGGAUUUGAUUUAACUACUGGCGAAGAUAUUGAAAAAGCAUUAGGCAACUUAAGUGGUAUAUCAACAUCUUAUUUAAAAUCUAAUCGUAAUCAAAGAAAUCAAAGCGGUAUCAAAACUAUACCUGGAAUCUCUAAUUGGUUUGAAUGGUCUUGA